AUGUUUGGUCCAUCGAGUAUGAGACAUUCCUUCCUCAACCAAUUAGAAUCUGCCAAGAAGGCAGAUAAGAAGAGAAAGAGUGAUGCUGCUUCUUCAUCAAAGAAGAAGGGUUCCGAGUCAUCAUCUGCCAGUAAGAAGAGAAAGAAGGAAAAACCUGUAAAACCAUUGCCAUCACCACAAGAUCAUCACGUAAAUGAUGAAGAUAAUGAUGUGGUGAUGACUGGAGAAUCAUCCUCUAAUGCAACAACAGCUGCUAGCACAUUAUUACCACUUCCAACAGUUGCAGUAAGUGCCAGUUCUCAACUUGAACAAUUACCAAUUCCUUCCUCUCAUUCUCCUACUCUUUCUUCACAACACAGAAAAGCUUCUACUACUAAUUUGAACUUUUUGGUUAAAUCUCCACUUGAUGAAAUACUUGAAUCGAAUGCAAAUCUUAUCAAGGAAGAAAGGGAGGAUUAUGAAAGGGUGAAAAAGUAUUUUGACAAUUUCUGCAAACAAAAGAAUGCAAUCACUAAUAUGUGUUCUGAGCACAUUGAAAGAAUUCAGGAAAUACUUAAGAAAAUUGAUGAAAGAGUGGUUGUUUCUUUUUUUGCAAAGCCAGGUUAUGGUAAAUCAUAUAUGAUUAAUAGAUUGGUUUCAGGUUUCCAAUGUGAUAAUUAUCCUCUUCCAUCAGGCACUUAUUUACUUGGAAAGGGUAUCACUAGUACAGUUAUUGAUAUCAUGUAUGAUGAAUUUUACAGUCUCACUAAGGAAAUGUGUACCGUACAAGAGUAUAAUUUACGCGAAAAGAAUGUAAAAAAUGAAGGAAAAAAGUUAAGCUAUGAGAAACAAUUGGAAAAUAUUGAAAUUGACUCUCAAUCAAAUAUAAUAUUGAGUGGCAAUACUGAUACUGAAAGACUUUCUUGCAUUCUUGCAAGAGCAAGACAAGUGAUUGAAAAAUAUGAGAAGGAGAAAACAACUUUUGACUCUUUGACUGUAAAGAAACUUGUACUAAAAGUUCCUAGCCCAUUCCUUAAAGAGAGUAGAGUAAUUCUAAGGGAUAUGCCAGGUUAUGAUGAAUUGACAGAGGGAGAACUAUACAAGCAAUUUAUUAGAGAAAGCUUCCUAGAUACUUGCAUAAUUGUAUCGGGCAUUGAAAAUAACAGAAAUAUCUUAGAUGAUGGUAUUGUAAGAAAAGCUUGGGAAUAUGGAAUUCAUCAACCUAGUCAGGUAAUAAGACCUUCCAUAGCCAUUCUCUGUAACAAUCCAAAUAUAGUUGAGUCUACAUACUAUGAUUUAUUGGAUAACUAUGAGCUUAUUGAGGGUAUGAAAAAAUCUUUUAGAAAACAGCUAGCUCUACAUUAUGAUAUAUUGUUGGAAGGUGUUGUGUUGUCAGAAAGGGAUGUGGUAAACUCAACACCAGUUGAAUUUGAUGACAAAAUCAAUUUUGUAAAAUCAUUGGAGGAUAAUUUUGGAGUAACAUUUUUCCCUCCUCAGAACGCUAAAACUGAUUCAUUUAUUGAAAAAUUCAGAUAUAUCAUUGAAAAGAAUAGAAAGAAAGUCAUUGAAUAUAAUGCCAGUAUGAUAAGAGAUAUGGCAGUUGUAAUUUUAUCCAACAUUAAGGUUCCUAAAGAAAAUCAGGCCCCAGCACAGUUCUGUAAACAAUUCAACAAAGUAAGAAGGCAAUUAUGUGAAAUGUUUGCUGAAAAUUUAGAAUUGACAAUUAGCUAUUCACCAGAUGCUGACUAUCUAUAUGGAGGAGAUCUUUCAUCUCUUAUUAAUAGUUUGAUAUCAUUCUAUGAAUCUCCAAUAGCUCUUUUGUUCGACAAGAGGGAUAUAUCAGCAAGACUCCAAAAAUUUGGUGCUAGUUACAGAAGAAGAUUAAAAUCUGAGGAAAAACAAGUGGACUGGUCCAAUCAUUUCAAUACUUUUAUGGAGAAUUUUUUAGAAACUGUGGAAAGUUUCACUCUCUUCCUGACUCAUACAGCUAAUUCUUUCAAACAGUCAAUUAUUAGUACCUGUGUUUCUUACAGUGAUAUGUUAGAUACGAAUGUUGUAAAAGAGUUGGUAAAAAUACUGGAUAUUAAUGACAACAGCAAAGUGGACGAUUUUCUUGAAACAAUACACUCUGGUCUAUGUAAUUUUCAUGAGCACAUUAGGACAUACUUUGAAGCAAUCAAGGAAUCACUAAAAGAAAUCAGUUCUGGAAUGGAUAACAAUGUAAAAUUGCUGUUUGAAAAAUACAAGCGUAAAUCAGCCAAGUAUGCACAAGUUCCAACAGAAUUGAACUCUAAAUAUCCUCAACCUUGUAAAUAUGUAGAGAUAUUGUCAAUGCCAAAGUCUGAGAGUAGUGAUGUGAAAGAUAUUGCAGAAAAACAUUACUGUGCUCCAAAUGAUAAGUUGAUGGAUUUUGAUUUGAAAAAAAGUAAUAGGGAACAAAUAGCAAUCAAAAAAGUUGAUCACGAAGGAGAAGCCAAUGAGUUGUUAGUGAAGUUUGACAGAACGAGUAAGCAAUUAUUGCUCUCUUAUAACACAAAAACAGUUGAAGAGGUUUCAAGUCCAAUCAGAAAGUUGAAUAGUAAUGGCUUGAAACCAUUGUUUAUUUUGACAAGACCUAGAGGAAAGAAUUACAAACUUCAAAUAUAUGAAUCAGAUAGAAGAUAUGCCAAGACAAACAAUCUCCACCACAUGUUCGUAAUUGUAACAGAGAGCAAGUAUGUUGCAAGAUACAAGAAAUCUAUUGAAGAAAACGAAGGUAAUCCUUCUGAUUAUUUCUUUUUGAUAUUAGACUCUGAUGUUGCCCUUGGGUAUGGAAUUGUACAUUCUUCAAUAUUAGCUGUUGCAAAUUAUCUUCACAUUGAAUCAAUCCAUAUUGUUCAUGAUGAUAUUAGACAAUUUUAUGAAUAUUCAUAUGAACAUAAGGUCUACUCUCCACAUGACUCUGCAAUGCUCAGAGCAUUAAUAUAUAUGGAAAAAGUAUUGGAAUAUGAGUUGUUCAACCCUCAAAAAGCAGAUGAAAGAAGGGAAAGCUUGGAGCAUAUUUUAUUUGACGAGAUACCAGAUAACACUAAAAAGGAAGUUGUUUCUAUAAUGAAAGAACAAGAGGAGGAUGAAGAAGAUAUAAAAUCUGUGGAUGAUGGCAAAUUAGGCAUUUUACAGGUGUUAAGAAUAUUAGUGGAAAAUCUUCCAAAAAAGAGCAGACAAAAGUAUACAGAUAUUAUUACAUCCUUCUCAAACCAAGAGUCGAAAGAUACUGCCUUAGUUACACUUUCUAAAAAUCCACAGGAAUUCCUUAGUACACUCCGAGAAUUGUCUACCACACACAAGAUUAAGGUUGCUGAAAUUCUAAUUGAAUUGAUUGAGGAAGAAUUUAACGAUAAGAAACAUAUUGGACGUGUCAGUUUAUGGAAUAAUCAAACAAAACAAGAGCUCAAGAAUAGAGUUCAUAAUUUGAGCAAACCUACUCACCUUGUCUCGUAUAUUACUUCUUCAGUUCAUACUUAUUUUAUUCCAUCUAUGGAGGGAAUUUAUCCAAUAGGUCUGGAAGACUUUUGGAAAGAACCGAACAAUGAGGAGAGAAAGAAAACACUUACUGAAAUCAGAAAUAUUGGAACCAAGAACAAAUCAGCAAAGAAGAAUGAAAAGAAGAGGGCCAAAGCAAAAGUUGUCAAAUCGGCAUUGGAAAGAGGUUGGACUUGUUGUGAUAUUGGUGAGAAAACUCAAAUGUUGUUGCAUGGUGUUGGAAGCUUCCAAGUAUUUAAUUUUGGCUAUGCUCGUGCCAGUGUACCUUCUCUAGUUGAUUACAGUUCCAGAAAGGAAGGUAAGGAUGGUAAAAUCGAAUACAAUAGCGAUGAAGAAUCUGUUGAGGUUGAAGAGGAUGAGGAAUAAAGAGCUAACCAACAUGAAUUAUAAAAU